CGCUCUGAGUCAGCUCUACCUGGCCGCGCUGCUGCUUCUCCGGCGUUCGCUGCGUCUCGUGCCGGCAGUCACCAACCGGGCAGUUUGAGCGCACAAAGCCCCAGCCUGCCACCCGCUGCGUCUGUGCUUCAGCUUCUGCCGCCUGUGGGUCCCACGUGCCGGGGCCUUUUCCUGCCCCCACACACCGCUUCACUCCACGUGUGACCUGCUCCGGGGCUUUGCACGGUGAUGAUAACAUUUGAAGACCUCGCUGUGUACUUUACCUGGGAAGAAUGGCAGAAUAUGAACAAAGCUCAGAAAAUCCUGUACAAGGAUGUGAUGCUAGAGACUUACAGCAGUCUGUUCUCCUUGGGACAAUGCAUUAGCAAACCUGAUUUGAUCUUCAAGUUGGAGCAAGGUGCAGAGCCAUGGAUGAUGGAAGAAUGUCUAAAUCAGAGCCUUCCAGUUUCUAUAAAAAGGGAUGACCUGACUAGGAUCAACCAGGAAAGUCAGGACGAAAAUCUGAAUCAGGAUGUAAUGACAAAUAAUAAGACAUCAACUCCCAAGAGAGUUGAAUUAAGAAAAACACUUAAUUUAAGUUCAAGCCAUAUUCCAAAAAUGAGAAAUAGUGAGCAUGGAAAAGCUUCUUUCCAGAAAUCAUACCUCACCAUACAUCAGAAAAUUGAGACAGAGGUGAGACCUCAUAAAUGUGAUGACUGUGGAAAAGCCUUUGACCAGAAGACAAACCUCAUAACGCAUCAGAGAAUCCACAAAGGGGAAAAAUCUCAUGGAUGUAGUGACUGUGGAAAAACCUUUCGCCAUAAGUCAAGCCUCAUAACACACCGGAGAAUUCACACAGGUGAGAAACCUUAUGAAUGCAAUCACUGUGGAAAAGCCUUUGCAGUUAAGUCACAACUCAUCAUACAUCAGAGAAUUCAUACAGGGGAGAAACCUUAUGAAUGUAAUGACUGUGGAAAAGCUUUUAGCCAGAAAUCAAACCUCAAUAUGCAUCAGAGAAUUCACAUAGAGAUGUAUGCUUAUGAAAGUAAUCACUGCGGAAAAGCCUUUGGCCAAAAGUCAGAGCUCAUAAAACAUCAGAGAAUUCACACAAGGGAGAAACCUUAUGAAUGUAAUGACUGUGGAAAAGCCUUUGCUGUUAAGUCACAACUCAUCAUACAUCAGAGAAUUCACACAGGGGAGAAACCUUAUGAAUGUAAUGACUGUGGGAAAGCCUUUGCCCAGAAAUCAAACCUCAUAACACAUCAGAGAUUUCACAAAAAGGAGUAUCCUUAUGAAAGUAGUGACUGUGGAAAAGCCUUUGGCCAAAAGUCAGAGCUCAUAAAACAUCAGAGAAUUCACACAAGGGAGAAAACUUAUGAGUGUAAUGACUGUGGAAAAGCCUUUGGCUAUAAGUCAAGCCUGAUAAUGCAUCAGAGAAUUCACACAGGGGAGAAACCUUAUGAAUGUAAUGACUGUGGAAAAGCCUUUGCUAGUAAGUCAAAACUCUUCAGUCAUCGGAGAAUUCACACAGGGGAGAAACCUUAUGAAUGUAGUGACUGUGGAAAAGCCUUUGGCCGUAAAUCACUACUCAUUGAUCAUCAGAGAACUCACACUGGUGAGAAACCUUAUGUAUGUAAUGAUUGUGGAAAAGCCUUUGCUAGUAAGUCACCACUCUUAAGACAUCAGAGAAUUCACACAGGUGAGAAACCUCAUGAAUGUAAUGACUGUGGAAAAGCCUUUGUUGCUAAAUCAGAUCUCAUCAAACAUCAGAGAAUUCACACAGGGGAGAAACCUUAUAAAUGUAGUGACUGUGGAAAAGCCUUUGGCCAGAAAGGAAGACUCACUAUUCAUCAGAGAAUUCACACAGGGGAGAAACCUUAUGAAUGUAAUGACUGUGGAAAAGCCUUUGUCCAGAAAUCAAGACUCAAUACACAUCAGAGAAUUCACACAGGGGAGAAACCUUAUGAAUGUAGUGACUGUGGAAAAGCCUUUGGCCAGAAAGCAAGACUUAAAAGGCAUCAUAGAAUUCACAUAGAGGAGUAUCAUUAUGAAUGUAAUGAUGGAAAAGCCUUUGCUAGUAAGUCACAACUCUUCAAACAUCGAAGAAUUCACACAGGGGAGAAAUUCAUGAAUGCAAUGACUGUGGAAAAUCCUUUGCCAGUAAGUCACAACACAUCAUAUGUCAGAGAAUUUACACGUUCAGAAACCUAACGAAUGUAAUGACUGGAAAAGCCUUGGCCAGAAGUCAAACCUCAGAACACGUCAGAGAAUUCACACAGGGGAGAAACCUUAUAAAUGCAAUCACCGUGGAAAAAGCCUUUGUCCAGAAGUCAAAACUCAGAUAGGGGAGUAUCCUUCUAUGUAAUGACUAUGCAAAAUCCUUUGGCUGUAAGUCAGAAAUCUUUAUCAGAUAGUUCACACAAGGGAGAAAACUCAUGAAUGUAAUGAUUGUGGAAAGCAUUUUGUUAUCAGUUUUAACUCCUCAGACAUCAGAGAAUUCACGGAAUUUCCCUCCCAGUCACAAAAGGGAGAACCUUAUGAAUAUAACAAAUGUAGAAAACCUGUUUCAUGUAAAUUACACCUCUUCAAACAGGAGAAUUCACAUGAGGAGAAAUUUUAUAUAUGUAAUUACUCAGAAAGCCAUAAUUCAACCCUCAUUGCACAUCAUGAAAUUCAUAUUGAUUGUAGGUUACCUGGCUGUAAUGGUUUUGGAAGGCUGUGGCUGCUGGUGACAGGGUAGUUGGUAUUGGCACUACAGCCAAGGAUGCUGUUGUUCUUGCUGUUACUGCUGCCCCUGAGGGUGUCUGAAUAGGGCUGUGCCUGUGUGGUAGCUGCAGCUGCCAUGAUAUUGACAGUUUCUAGGGAUCCAAGUUGUAACAGCCUCAGUUUUUGGAGUUCUUGUUACACUGGCUAUUGUUAACCCAGCAUAUCUGGUUGUAUUCAUUACCUGCAGUGAGGUGGAGAACUCCUUGGUAGUCAUCUCCUCCACCACUUUCUCCACCUUGGUUCUGAAAGCCUCAUUGGUUACCUCUAGGGAACCUCCAUCAUCAUAGUGCUGGAAGCCAUCACCACCUGGAAACCGUCAUCACCUCAGUAGACAAUGCAGUUUUCAGGGUUGGCCCAGCCUUGUGGCUGCCUCAUUGUAUUUCCUCACCAGCUUGUAGGCUUCUCCUGCAGUCCAAUGGACAGAAUCUCAUCCAGAAAGUCCCUGAUGUCUGGCAGUGUGAAUGCAGCUUUCAUUUCUAAGACCACAUGAUAUAGGUCAUCCUUCCCGUCCUUGUCAAUUUGGUUUUUUAUUUUGUCUUUUAGGUCCUCCACAGUGGUUCGAUGUCAUAAGUGAUCUUAUUUUAUUUAUGAGUUUCCUUUGUGUUCAGAUGAAUAUUAGUUAAUUUUUUUCAAGUUAGAAAUUGUUAGAUCUUUAUGACAAACAUUAUACAAAGAACUUAUAGCUUCUUAUAUGUGUUAGAAACAAUAGUUCACAUGCAGAUGUUAAAUCCAUGUUUUCACUGAACUAGUGAUUUGGUUCAGAUUUUAGGUGCAGGGGUUAAUUAUUUCUAAAAUGGUAUUUGAACAAAAAUGUGCUGUUUUAUCAAUCUUUCAACUAGAUUCUUAUUCCUGUAAAUCAGAACUCCACAUUCAUUCAUUGUUCCCUUUCUCUAUUUUCCAUUAUGUAUAUCUUUGAGGAUGAAAAUCUUUGCAGAGAAUUCCUGUUUAAACAUUACUCUUUUUGGGCUGUUGCUGUAGCAGUGAAGCUGCUGCAGGAAGUGCAGCAUCACAUAUGGGCACCAGUUCAAGUCCUGGCUGCUCCACUUCAAAUCCAGUUCUCUGCUAUGGCCUUGGAAAGCAGUAGAAGUUGGUCCAAGUCCUUGGGCCCCUGCACCCAUGUGGGAAGACCCAGUGGAAGCUCCUGACUCAUGGCUUUGGAUCAGCACAGCUCUGGCUGUUGUGGCCAACUGGAGAGUGAACCUGUGGAUGGAAGAUCUUUCUGCCUCUCCUCUGUGUAACUCUGACUUUCAAAUAAAAAAAAAAACUUUAAAAAAUACCCUUUCCUAUGAAUUUCUAUUGGAUAUUCCUGUAAGAGAUACUACUAAGCUUUUUACCCUCUUCAUCUGUUUUUGAAUGUAUUUCUCGAGGCUAAAGUAAUUUAUUGUUCAAUUAGUUCUUUUUCACUUGGUUGAAGAGCAGAGACAGAUUGAGAAAGUGUGUGAUUUCCCAUCCACUGAUUUAUAAUUCAUACGGCACCCUGGGCUGAACCAGAUCAAAGCCUGAAGCCAGGAACUCAGUCUAGUCCUCCCACAUAUGUGGCAGGCAUCCAGUCACUUGAGCUAUAAUUUGAUGAAUCCCAUAGUAUCAGGAUGGUGAGUUUGAUUGCUAAACUAGAAUCCAACCACAGCCACUGCAAUAUGAGAUGUGAUAAAUCCAAACAACAUGUUACGUGAUGUACCAAAUGUGCAUCCCUAGUAGACUUAUCCUUAAUGUCUGUUUUUUAGGUCUGUAGUAAUUCUGCCAUAAUUUUGAGAGUGAGAUUACUCUGUUUUGUUCCAUAACUUUGCAUAAAUGUGCUGUGUAAUAUUUCCAGAUUAAUUUGCAAUUUUUCCUAAUAGCCCUUACAGAGUCCUUGCUUUCACAAAUUAGCUGAAGUGUGUGACUCCUCAGAAAGAUUUAGGGGGUCUGUGUUUAGCAAGCAGACAUGUAGCACCAGUGUCCCAUAUUGGCACUAGUUAAAGUCUUGGGUAUUCUACUUCCCCUCCAGCUUCCUGCUAAUGUUCCUGGGAUAGCCCAAAAGAUGUCCCAAGUCCUUGGGUCCUUGCUACUACAUGGGAGACAUGGAAAAAGUUUCUUUAUCCUAGCAUUGGGUUGGCUCACAUCUGACCUUUGUGACCACUUGGGUUGUAAACUUGUGGCUAGAAGAUUAUCUUUCUAUAUCUAUGUAUCUAUGUUGCUGUGGAUUCAUUCUGAGAGGAGAGGUGUAAUGGGGGCUAGAGGCAUGGAAUCAUGACAGACACUGGGAGUUGGGUGAAAGUGGGCUAGAGGUGAACAGCUCACAGAAUAAUUUCAGUUAGUGCAGCAGCUUAUAUAGCCGAGGCAGCCAAUCCAGGCAAGGGUCGGUUUAUGCCGUAACCAAUUACUGCCUGUUGCUAGGCAGGAUCCUUUGCUAGGUGGGUUCCACCACCAUUUCCUGAAUAACUAAAGCUCUUGCCAGUGCCAUCUUGGCAUGGCCUUCUCAGUCCACUAUGUGUGUAUCCCCUUUCCUUCUCCCCACUCCCUUUGUCUCUAACUCUGCUUAACAAAUA